AUGAGUAGCAAAGAUCAUAAAGCACAGAAGGCAGUGCUCAUUGCUUCAUUGGUGAUACUUAUGAUUGCUUUGGGUACAUCAGUUAUUGCAAUCUUAUCACCUUCAUGGCAAGUGGUCGAUUUACGCGAAUUUCGUGUUGAACAUCAUCAUGGCUUAUGGCAAGAUUGUACUCGUCCGAAUCGUCGUUCAAACUUAUUAAGCACUGAAAGUCACCAGGAAUUACAGUACUCAGCACUAUCCUGUACUUAUAAGUUUGAUCGUGAUGCUCGAGAAAUCAUCGAUGAGAAUUUGUUAGACAUUGAUCAAAAUGGUGCUGCUAUUGAAGCUCAACAUCAUCAAUUUUUUGGCUGGCAGAAAGCUGUCUUGAUAUGUUUCAUCGUGCUGUUCGCAAGCAGUGCACUGGCACUUUUAUGUGGAACUUGCGCACCUUGCAGUAAUAUGAUUGCUGUCUGCUUUACACUUUUUAUUUUCAUCGCAUUUGCAAAUGCAAUAUUUUUUUUUGCUGCUCAUCGAGUCGAUAGUAGGUUCGUACAAGGUCUCAUUGGUACUUACGAGCAAGAAAUUGGUUCGGCUUUCUACUUGUCUAUAACGUCCACAUCACUUCUAUUGUUUUCAUUUCUUCUGGCUUUGAUAUCAACAUAUUAUUUGGUCAGAAACUCGAAUAAAGUACUGCUUCGUGAACUAACUCCGUUAUAUAAUUCUUCUAUGCGACAUACAGUGAUUUGA